UCUUAGGGUUCAAAUGUGCAGCGAGAAAGCAGAAAAGAAAUGAAACUUUGAACCUUCAAGACAAAGAAGACAAAAAGAAGAGGAAAGCCGAGAAAGGAAGUCUAUCUCAUUAUUGUUACGGUACUGCCUGUUGCAUGUCUUUUUGCUAAGAGCCUUUGAGUGUUUGUGUGGAAGCUGAAUCCAAGGUUGCUGUAGCCAUCCAAAGCCUUUCCUUUCGUGAAGGUCAAGGGCAAGGAAGGAUGCAGCAAAGGAAGACUCUUCUACAGAGUUUUGGUUCCUCCUCUCUUCCAGCUGUCAUUUGCAAGUGGUUUGUCUUGACUUUUGCACUACUGUCCUCGGUCCAUGCCUUUCACCCUCCCGGCAUUGCCAGAAGAAGAAUACCUAGUAGUCGGGAAAAGCCACCAUGUCCAACCAAUCGAGAAGUACCACCCCUGCAGGUUGCUUCUUCCAGCAUCACUACGGCCACACUUGGUGGAUUGGGCCGUGGAUUGGGCCGUGAAGGUUUGUCCAAGUAUCAUCAAUCCAUUUUGAGUCGCAUGGCCACGGACCGACAACGUUUCGUGUCGGGCCGCUAUGCCGUGGUGGCCAAAGUGAUUGAACCGCCCAAAUUGAAAUGGCUCCGCAAUAAGAAACAGAGUGCGACGCAAUUGAUGGUCAAUGGAACCGCCGUCGAUUUGAGUUUGGCAUCCUACGAUCGAUUCCAAUGGAUCGAUGACGAAGAACGAGAAGAACUAUACGACAAGUAUACACUGCUCAGUUGGGAACUCAUGGCGGUUAUUGCCGUCAAUAAACCGGGCUACGUUUCCGUCAUGCCGGGAAAUGGCGCGGGAUCCACUUCGGCGUCGUUGCGAUUUCUCGACGAGACACCACGAUGGGAUCGUUGGAAACGAAUGCAGGGAACCGUAUUGGAUGAGUUGGAAGAACAAGUGUGUAGUAGAGAUCGAGUUUGGGUCACUGGAUUCUCCAUCACGGGACGACAUGGAUAUCUCUACAGCAUUGACACCAAUUCGGGUCACAUACAGUCCGUCAACAAGAGAACCGCAAAGUCCUUGUUGUGGCCCAAUGAAGUUGGUCCCGUUCCGGCUCACUUUUUUGACACAAGGACAACAGCAACCAUGGGACAGCAUCGCCAAGGCGAAAUUGUGGACACUUGUUUGGUUUCCUCUGCGGCUGCUACAACUGCCACACAAAAGCCAUUCGUGGAAGACCUGAAGGAUGCUGUACUGGUCAGUGAUGGAUUUCUAGUUCCCGGAAAGGAACGAGGUGGUAUUUAUGUGGUCAAGCAACCAGGAAAUCCAAACACAGAAUGGACUGUAUGUGUCACCGACAAUCAACACAGUGCUGAUCGAUGGUUCUACCACAGAGCGGUCUGGAUAGACUUGACGGGGGACGGGCGCAAGUCCAUUCUAACUGCCAGGGCCAAGUUCCCAUUGGGGAGUUCCAACAACAACAACAACAAUAAACACAGCUAUACUACUGUCAAGAAUGGAAAGGCCGGAAAAACUCGACCCAAGAAACCCACACGUGGAGAGCUGGUUUGUUUGGAGAUGCCAAAGCCAUUCCGAAUAGAUGAAAGGACGGGAACACCUUUGGAAGCAGAUGGUACGAUUUUUGAUCCUCUCAGUGCCAGACACUUGCCUUGGAAAGUUCAUGUCCUCGAUGAAGGACCUGAUGUAAUGUUCAACGUGGUGGAUCUGGAUACUAACGAUGAUACAGUAGAGGUCAUUUCCAGUCAAUUCUUUGGAGAAAAGGUGACACUUCAUUCCAUUCAGAGAGGAGCAACACCCAAGGUGACAUUCCAGCGUACCAUUGAUAAACAAUGCGGGAAAGCAUUUGGUUGCAUUGUGGCUGAUUUGAAUGAGGAUGCAGCCCAGACGACAACUAAUAGAUGUGUCAUUGACGGGGGCAGCACAGUGGAAACGCUUCGACCUGGCGACCCGUUCUCUCACCUUCUUGUGACGAGCCACGAAUGCAGUUUUCGUGAAGAACAGGAACGAAAGAGGAAUGUUUUCACUCGUCAACAUGUCGAUAAAACAGAACGGGUAAAGCCCACGGUUCGUACAAACAGUGCCACGGAUGGUGGGUCGCUGUUUGCUUACCGCGUUCCGGAGAAUUGGAAAACAGACACUUGGAAGAGGUCCACCAUCGCGACUGGUUUCAAAGUCCAAGGCCAACUCAACAACAUGAUCAACCCAGGUGCCCCUGGUUUUGUUUAUACAUUUCAUGCGAGACAGCAAGACAGAAAUGGGCUAGAGAAGAAACGACCUCUGAUAGCAGUAGCUGGCGACUGCGCUGAAUCAGCUUACAUAUUUCGACCAGCCGAGGCCGGUGCUGCUGAUUCGGAUGACGCCGACACAUCAGCCGUGUAUGACCUCAUGUGCGAACUCCAAUGUGGUUCCACUGUGGGGAGCAUCGGUGUUGGCUACGGGGAUUUCUGUGAAACAGAUCUGGAUCAGGAAUCUGGCUACGCCAAGCUGUACAUCCCUUGCUACGAAGAUGACAGAAUUCUGGUCUUUGGUUUGGGAAGUGGUGAAGAAUGAAUUUUGUACAGCCGGAUUCGAUCAUGGCUGAUUUCUGACGAUCUCUUGCGCAAAGAAAACGAUCGAAUCACGGUCAUCGUUGCUGUCACCGGGGCAGCACUUUGGGCAUUUCUGCAGCAGUGCGUGAGGUACCGUUCCAGUAUGAAUCGAUACCUGGUACAUCGUCGCCCCAGACAAAAACCUUCCUCCACCAAGAACGCGCAAAAGGCAAGCUUAAGAGGCGGCCCAUAUCUUCUUUGAGUACAAUCACACCGUUGUUCUCGUCUCUAGCAAUGCACUGAUACCGGUACCAUCAAGAACGUUGGAGUGAAACCAUCACGAACUAACGUUAUUUGACAGUCUGGGUUUUGCUUCUUCAACGAAAACUUGGGGCGAAAGACCAGAUCUAGUAAAGUCUGAAGAAAAAUCAAUCCAUACUAUCAUACAAGUAGUCAUCUCGGUCAUUGCGUCGUGCUGUCGUGUCAGUUACUAAUAAUAGGGUAAUCAUACGAUUUUUGCAAAGGGUGACUUUUACUGAAACAGGUCGCCAACUGCCAAAUCGCUAUGGUAACCCAAUCAAUUGAAACUAAGAUAUCAAUUCAUUGUUGCCGUGAGGAGGAUGCAACCUCUUCCUGAGUGAUAAGCGUUUAAAAUAAAUCUCUUCAAUUCCU